AAAAUGAGUAUGAUAUGUCCCCUUUAAAAAAAAUACAGUUAAAACCAUUAUGUGAGAAUAUCAAUACUUUCCUGUUGAUCACACCUCAAACAGUGUUUUUUAUCUACCCUGAGAGGCACGUGUGUUAAAGAGUUAACCCCUCCCCUUCCUCCUCCUCCUGCAGCCUCCUGCAGAGACAGAUAGGAGGAGUUUGAAAACAUACAGUUUUUGCAUGUUGAAGAGGGCAGUCACAGUUAGUGUGUAGAGAGACAGAGAGAGAGAGAGAGGAGGAGAGACGGGGCUCAACAUGGAGACCAGACUAGCUGUGAGUUGAGUGUUGAAGUGAAGAACCAGCAGCUCCUCUCUAUCACUAUCAGGAUUAUUAUUAUUAUGCCCAGCGCCAACGUGUCCGUGCGAAGUUUAUCUGAAGUGGAGAAAUACCUCAGCAGCCGGAUGGACCGGAGUACUGAGGGCAGUUCCCUGAGCAUCCCUGGGUCGAUGCGUCGGGGCUCUUCAGAGAACAAUCUGGACCUGGAUCUGAGUGAUGCAAGUCCUGGUUCUGCUCUGGGCCUCGAGCUCCAACGUAGUCGUUCUUGCUUGGACAACCUCCAGCAGAAGAUACUGAAAGUCACGGAACAGCUGAAGAUCGAACAGACGGCCCGGGACGAGAACGUAGCCGAGUACCUGAAGCUAGUGAACAGCGCGGACAAGCUGCAGGUCAGUCGCAUCAAGCAAGUGUUUGAGAAGAAGAACCAGAAGUCGGCUCAAAACAUCGCCCAGAUGCAGAAGAAGCUGGAGCAGUACCAUCGAAAGAUGAGAGACAGUGAAACCCACUACAGUUCAUCACCUCGCACACCCACUGUCAAACACAGCACCUUACCCAGGGAGUCUCCCAGAGAGCUGCUGAGGGACAUGACCGGCAGCGGCCGACACCCGACCAUGGACAAAAUCAAGACCAUCGGCCCAGGCGUCUCCCUCUCCCCUCCUUUCUUCUUCAGCAAGCCCCGAGAGUUCGCCAACCUCAUCAGGAACAAGUUUGGCAGCGCUGACAACAUCGCCCACCUCAAGACCGCUCUGGAUGCUUCCACGCCGCUGCCCACUGACAGCGCAGGAAAGGGGCUGAGUAGCAGCACCUCUAUGGUUGGCAAGCCCAAGUAUCCCAGUGAUGACGAGUGCUCCUCAGGGAGCGCCUCCAUCUCAGCAGACAGUAACGGGAACCCGUCGGCGGGAGGAGUGUCGGUGGGGCAGGCGCAGGGCCAGCAGGCCGGGGGUGACGGCCAGACCAGGCUGGCCCUGAGCCUGGAGGAGGUGACGGAGAUCAAAGACGCCCAGAACCAGUUGGAGGAGGACAUUGAGGAGAUAAAGACUCAGUUCAAGAGAGAGUACGGCAUCAUCAGCCAAUCACUGCAGGAGGAGAGAUACAGGUACGAGCGUUUAGAAGACCAACUGAACGACCUGACGGAGCUUCACCAACAUGAGAUGACUAAUCUGAAGCAGGAGCUGGCCAGCAUCGAAGAGAGGGUGGCCUACCAGGCUCAUGAAAGGGCCAGGGACAUACAGGAGGCUCUGGAGUCUUGUCAGACACGAGUGUCCAAGCUGGAGCUCCAGCAGCAGCAGCAGCAGACGGUCCAGCUCGAGAGCCGCGACGCCCGCGUCCUGCUGGGGAAGUGCAUCAACAUCAUGCUCGCCAUCAUCACCGUCAUCCUGGUGUGCGUCUCCACCGCUGCCAAGUUCGCCGCUCCGCUGAUGAGGAGCCGGCACCACGUGGUCGCUACCGUCCUGGGAGUUUGUUUUUUGACCAUAUUCUGGAAGAAUUGGGACCGUUUACAGUACGCCAUAGACAGGUUACUGGUUCCUGCCUGAUGGCGAAGAGUGCACACUGAAUAUAACACUGCAGAAACAUGGACGCUGUCUGUUGUCAGGAUAGGACUGUCUAAGAGGAUUGGUUGUACAAUCGUCACAAGACACGAUCGCCACGCAUUUACAGAUGUCAUCGUGUUUUUAAAGUCAGACUGAAGUGAUUUUUCUUGUCUAGAACUUGAAUGUGUGUCGCUAACACUUUACAUUUAACCUUUAAAAUAAUAUUUAUGUAACAGUCAAUUUUGUUACUUCUCUAAGGAUUGCUAUGAAAUCUUCACGACAUAAAUAGUUGAUUCAAGGAUUAAGAAGGGUGGAGAGAAGUGCACAUGAGACUUACUCUUGAUUAUUCUCUCUCAUGUUGCCUCAGCGCAACUUUAACAUCUCUCAAACUGUUGAAAACAUGCACACACAAACAAAACCUCAAACUUGGUAUCUUGUUGGCCACAGUUAUGAAAUGUUACCCUUAGAAGAAUAGUUGGACAUUUUGGGAAAUAAGCUUAUUCAAUUUCUUGCCGAACGUUGGCUGAGAAGAUUGAUACCAUAUCUACACAAGAGAGUGGUAUCAAUCCUCUAAUCCAGGGGUUUCCCUUGGAGGGCCAAAACUGGAAUUCAAUGCUGGGCCACAGUAAACACCUAUUGUAUUGUAUUUUUAAGAUGCAAAAUGGUAUUAGGAUCCCACAUUCCCCGAAUUGAAUAUUAUUUUAGAUUUUACAUAGUUAAUCCCUUAAAUUCACUUGUUGAAUACAAUUGAGCUCAUUUCCAAGACUGUUUAGGGACCCCAGCAGGCAGAAAUAUUCAAAUACACCCUUUUUAGAAUAGGCGGAAAUAACCCAUUUAUACUGUAUUCAAGAAACAGCAUUUUGCCCAAAACUGCAUGUGAUUAUCAUAAAGUAGGUAUGUCUGUAAAGGGGAGACUCGUGGGUACCCAUAGAACCCAUUUUCAUUCAUUUAUCUUGAGGUCAGAGGUCAAGGGACCUCUUUGAAUAUGGCCA